CUCAGUUUAGCACAAACAUAAACUAAACUAACAUAAGAUUAUAAAUAGAAGUUAAAGUUAAUAUAUAUAAUAGUUAUAAUAAUCUAAUACACUUUGGCAUGUUUAGGACUAUCUGCAUUGUUAUAGUUUUGAUAAUUUUGUACAAAACCAGAGCACAUUUCCAGGUGUGCUGAUGAGCUAUUUAGUUAAUAAUUAACCAAACGUUCAGCUUAACCUACAAAUAAGGGCCACAUGCAGUUCAGUUCACACAGCGGCUUCUGCUGGAGCUCUACAGAAGAGCAACAGAUUCAUUGGAGUGAUGAAAGUAAAUAUGCCAAGGUGUAAAACAAACUGCAUUGAAAAGCCUAUGUCUGUUGCUUUUGAAAAGCUUGGUCAUGUUAUUGGUGUCUACCCAUAUGUGUUUCUUCUCGCUUCAUGUCUUACAAUGGCUCUUGGAAGUGGCUUUAUCUUUCUUUCUAAGCUGGAGGCAAAUGAUAUUGAAGACCAGUUCACACCUGUGAAUGGACCUGCUAAGCUUGAGAGAGAGACUGUAGUGAAACACCUCCAACAACCUGAGGAGUUUUCUUUUCUACGACUCGUAUCUGAAGGAAAAUAUGCCUCUUUGAUCAUUACAGGCAAAAAUAAUACAAACAUAUUAACUGAGACGGCGUUUAAUGAGAUCAUUGAUCUGGAUAGAAAAGUGAAAAGUUUCAGCACAGACAACAGCACGUUUGAAAAGCUUUGUGCCCGUAUUCACGGAAAAUGUAUGUCAAAUCCAAUUUUAGACGUAAUCAAUUACAACUCCAGUAAAAUCAAGUCUAUAACCAUUACGUAUCCCAUGCAUAAUGGCACGUUUAUGGGAACGAGUCUAGGCGGUGUAAAUCCACUGGCUAAAAGCUCAGAAAUAACCACAGCAAACGCAGUCAGGCUUUAUUAUUUUUUAGAUGAAAAUACAACAGGUAAAACCUCAUCGCAACAAAUAGAAAAGUGGCUUGAUGGUUUUCUCGAAGUCUUCUCAAAAUAUUCAGGGAACAAAGAGGUGCGUGUGUCUUACUUUACAUCAAAAUCAAGACAGGAGGAAUUAGAGACCACAUUAGACUCUGUGAUCCCUCUGUUCUCAAUCACAUAUUGUCUGGCCAUCGGCAUUUCAAUCUUCUUUUGUCUGAGGUUAGACUGUGUUCGAACUAAAGUAUGGGUUGCUUUAGCUGGGGUUCUCUCUGCUGGUAUGGCUGUGCUUGUCAGUUUUGGGUUGCUGCUGCUUUGUGAAACGCCGUUCUCCAUGACGGUGGCCACAGUUCCUUUUCUGAUUCUUGGUAUUGGAGUUGAUGAUAUGUUCAUUAUGAUCUCCUGCUGGCAGAAGACAAGAGUUGAUAAAGACGUGGCAGAUCGCUUGGCAGAAACCUAUAAAGAGGCAGCUGUGUCCAUCACUAUAACCACGCUGACGGACAUCCUCUCUUUCUACAUUGGUCUCUCGACUCCGUUCCGCUCCGUGCAAUCUUUCUGUUUGUACGCUAGUACAGCUAUUCUCUUCUGUUAUGUCUUCAACAUCACAUUCUUCGGUGCUUGUCUCGCACUGAACGGACGACGAGAGAAAGGCAACAAACAUUGGCUGACCUGCAUGAAAGUUCCUGAAGUGAUGGGUGAUAAUGUGACCGGUAAUAUUUGUUGUGUCGGUGGUGCUUAUAACGAAAACACAGGUACUGAUUUAGAAACGCCUAUAGAUUUGUUCUUUAAAAACCACUAUGGACCUUUUCUGACAAAGACAUGGGUUAAGGUUUGUGUGUGCUUGUUUUAUGCUGGUUAUUUAGCGGCCAGCAUCUACGGGUGUUUUCAAAUACAGGAAGGACUUGACGUGAAAAAUUUAGCAGCGGACGACUCGUACGUCCGUAAUUACUAUGAUGAUGAAGAUGAAUAUUUUUCUGCUUAUGGUCCCAAUGUCAUGUUAGUCAUGACAGACGAAAACUUUCAGUACUGGAAUUCAUCUGCACGUUCUCACAUUAAAAAAUGCCUGGACCUUUUUCAGAAUCUGUCGAUGGCUUGCAAUGAUUCAGAAAUCUCGCCAAUUUCUUGGCUUGAUGCGUAUAUGCAGUAUGGAAAUAAUUUUAGUCUAAAUUUAAAUGAUGAAAUACAAUUCAAAGAAAAUUUAACUUACUUUCUUAAUUUUUCCGGUUUCAGUCAAGACGUCAAGUUCAGUAGCAAUACCAUUUAUGCGUCACGCAUGUUCAUUCAGACUAUGAACAUCAACACAUCGGUCGAUGAGAAGAACAUGCUGAAUGCAUUUAGAGAAACAGCAGAAAAAUGUGGACAGUUUCAGCUCCCUAUUAAUUUAACCGUAUACCACCCCAUGUUUAUCUAUUUUGACCAAUAUGACUUCAUAGUCAGUUCUACAAUCCAAAAUGUAAUAGUUACUACAUGCGCCAUGUUACUUAUUUCACUCUUGCUGAUACCAAAUCCUAUUUGUUCAGCCUGGGUGACAUUUGCCAUUGCAUCUGUCUUUGUGGGUGUGGCUGGUUUCAUGGCAUUAUGGGAUGUUAGUUUAGACUCAAUAUCUAUGAUCAUUCUUAUUAUCUGUAUUGGUUUUUCCGUGGACUUCUCUGCUCAUAUAUCCUAUGCUUUUGUGUCAAGCGAACGAUCAUCUGCAAAUGACAAAGCCAUAGAUGCUAUCUAUAACCUGGGCUACCCGGUAAUACAAGGAGCGGUGUCUACUAUCGCAGGUGUAAUUGUGCUCGCUGCGGCGGAAAGCUACAUCUUCAGAACCUUCUUUAAAAUCAUGUUCCUAGUCAUUCUUAUCGGGGCUGUGCACGGCAUCACGUUUAUACCCGUCUUCCUGACUUUCUUUGGGACGUGUGGCCAGUCUUCUGUCAAACGUGGAAAACAUAAGCGAAGUCACGACCAAUCCAAUGAUAGAAAGGAUCAGACAGUAACAGUGAUAAGGAAUAAUGGAAUUAUCCAGACUGAUAUCAAAGCCUUUACUCAAAAUAAUGUCAGCUAUUAUUACGGCAUUAAUUGUAAAACUGGUAUGGGAAUAAUAGUCGCACUGGAGAAUGGAGCACUCCCAGUUGAUCCUGACUGUUACUGAUUCAAAAAUAAAGGUGUGUCUGGUGUCCCUUGUCUGUGAAGUUUCAGCUCAAAAUACCCCACAGAUCAUUUAUUAUAAAAAUGUCCAAAAUGCCACUAUUUGGAUGGGGCACCGUUUUUUAUGUGUGUACCUUUAAAAGCUACAGCUCCGCGCUCCCUUACCAACAGUGACAGUGAGCACUUUUGGUUAAAAUUGGACCUGAUUCCUGUGGAUACAGUCUGAGACAAUAAUAUCUUUAGCAGCAUCAGUGCUACCAAACACAUUUAGAAAAGCUGUUGGGUAAAAUUAACCAGUCAGUCAAUGGUCAUGGUGGGGCUUUGUUUGUGCAGUCAUUUCCACACAUUCACUUACUUAUUCACCCAGGUAUAUUAACAACUGCCCAAGUAUAUUCUCCACCAGCCUUUUUUUUUAAAUUAGUUGCCCUCCAGCAUUUUUUUGUGAUUUUCACAAAAUUGCAAUGCAUUCUAUGUCCAUUUUACGCCUUUUAGUUUGUAAACCGAAUUAAAGUGCUGUUUUAGAAAAGCGUGCAUGUAGCUAGAUUUGUCGCUAGUCGCUUUUUUUGAAAAUAAGUCACCAAAGGGGUCUGAAAAGUCGCUAAAUCUAGCAACAAAGACACCAAGUUGGCAACACUGGUUCUCUACCACCGGACUGUGUGUCGGUGGUAAAGUAAAAGGGUUGCUGCCAAACCACUGUGAGGCAAGGGAGGGGGGAAUCAAAGUGUUUAAAACGUUUUUUUGUUGUUGCUCCAUUUGCAUUUGUAUUGUUUUACUUCUUACACAACUAUUUUAAGUAUUUUAAAUCAUUAAAUUAUUUUCAAUACACAUAUUUUAAUGAUAUUUUAGGAGGGGACAACCCUCAGAGAGUGGUGGUCCUGACCCCCCUGUGAUUUCCGCCUUUGCUUACGGGCUUUAAGACCUUGGGGAAUCCCUGGCAGCGG